UGGAUAGUAGUUCGAGUCGUAGAUAGCAAUGGAGGCGGACUUAUCGGACAAGGUGGUGCUGGUGACGGGCGCGAGCGCGGGCAUCGGGCGGGCGGCGGCGCUGCUGCUGGCGCGGUGCGGCGCGCGGCUGGCGCUCGCGGGCCGCGACGAGCGCAGCCUGCGCGCCGCCGCCGACAGCUGCGCGCGCGCCGCCGGCCGCGCCGCGCUCGCGCUGCCCGCCGACCUCGCCUGCGACCGCGGCUGCCGGCUCGUCGCCGCCAAGACCAUCGAGCACUUCGGCAGAUUGGACGUGCUUGUAAAUAAUGCUGCUAUAACCGCUCGGUGCACCAUCCAAACCACGGACAUGGAGACCUUCGACCGCGUGUUCGCUGUAAACAUACGAGGUGUGUACAACCUGACCCGGCUACUGGUGCCGGAGCUGAUCAAGUCACGAGGGAACAUCAUUAAUGUGUCAAGUAUCGUUGGAUCAACAGUUUCGAUCGGCCAGUUACCGUAUGCAAUGGCUAAGGCUGCUUUGGAUUAUUUCAGUCGGCUAAUUGCUGUUGAGUUGGCGCCAUUCGGGGUCAGAGUGAACACUGUCAGUCCCGGCAUUACUGUCAGUAAAAUGGUACAGCGCGUAACAAAUUACACCGACGAGCAGUACCAAGAGUUCCUGAAGGAGGCGGCUACCACCAUUCCGCUGGGCGAAGUGUGUGUCGGGGAGGACAUAGCCAAAAUGAUAGUGCAUCUAGCGAGCGACAACAGCCGCCUGGUGACCGGCGUCAACGUGCAGGUGGACGGAGGGCUGCAGUACACCAAUGAUCACAGGCUGAUCAAGAAACAAGUUCAAUAAAUACAUUAUGUACUCACCUAUAUCUAAUUGCGUAAUGUAAAAUUAUUACAAAGGCAAUAAAUAUUAUUAAAGGUAAAA